AUGGGAUUCAUUUUAGUGCUGGCUUUGAUGCCAGCACUCGCAACCAUCGCCGUUGCCCAGUCCAGCCCCUUCAAUCCAUGUCCUAUUCGCUGCAGCAUGGCCGGCCAUGAGCCGUCGGCAUGGACACAUCUACACGGCACGCCCGCGCUGAAGCGCUGCAACCAGACGGUGCUCUUCGACACGUCGAUCCACAUGCCCAUCGACGCGCCCGAUACCCAUGUCACCUUUCGGGCCUGCACGGCUUCGGAAGCGGACACGCAGCAGCCGAUCGCCUACGAUCCCGUUCCGUUUGCCUUUGACGAGCCGGGAGCCCCUGGCCACAGUGGUAAGCGCCGACGGGACGGGUCGUCGUCGUCAGGAGUCGAAGGCUGCCUCGCGGGAGCCUCGACGUAUCGGAACACCACCAAGGCCGUCUUCCAACGCUGGGGUCUCAACGAUGGGAGCACAGCAGCUGGAGGUGACAUGAUCCUCUCGGCAACCACGGAGCUCGAAUCCUGGCUGGCAUCUGAAGACGACUGCGGCUCUUCCAUCAUGCUCGCUCUGGCGGGAGACGCGGUGGUGGGUCUCUAUGUUGGGGCUGAGAUUCACAAGCCGAGCGUGACGGGGCUGAUGCAGAUGUUCGCCGACUCGGUGAGGCAACACCCCGGAGCAGAGCGCUCAGCGCUCGAGGUGUGCCAGGACCAGACCCCCAAAACAUGGUCCUUUGGCAUCUUUGCCGACUCGCGCGGCAACAUCUCGUCGGUCCAGGACGCCCUGCACGGCUGGAGUGAAGCCCGCUGCUUGAGCGGCGGCGAUGACAGGCAGGUCCGGGAGAAGGUGGACCUUGACAUGGUUAGGGCGACCGAUGUCCCGGUUGUCCUCGGCCUAACCUCGGGCUUUGAGCAGGAAGGGGAACCGCAGGUGCUCAAGCGGGACCUGGGCCCCGGAGACGGUAUCAACCGUCUGAAUCCACGGGCCGAUUGCCGAGCCAUUCAGGUUGUGGCCGGAGACGGCUGCUGGUCACUUGCCCAGCGCUGUGGUAUAUCCCAGACUAAUCUCGAAACAUACAACAGCGGGGUGGCCAGCUUCUGCAGUUCCCUCAAGCCCGGGCAGUAUGUCUGCUGCUCGAGCGGGACUCUACCGGACUUGUCACCAAAGCCCAACCCAGACGGUUCUUGCGCUUCAUACAGCAUCGUCAAGGAUGACAACUGCUUCGAUAUCGCAGCCAAGUACUCUCUGACCACAGACAAGAUUGGUGAGCUCAACAAAAACACGUGGGGCUGGGCGGGCUGCAGCGCCAUCCAGCCGGGCCAAAAGAUCUGCCUCUCGACCGGGUCGCCACCGAUGCCCGCCGCCGUCCCUGGCGCCUUGUGCGGGCCUCAGAAGGAAGGCACGCCGCCGCCUGCAAGCGGGACAGCGCUCAAGGACCUGAAUCCAUGCCCGCUUAAUGUCUGCUGCAACAUCUGGGGCCAGUGCGGCACGACUGAGGAUUUCUGCAUCGAGUCGCCCGCCGACACGGGCGCGCCGGGCACGUCGCAACCGGGGAAGCACGGCUGCAUCUCAAACUGCGGCAUGGGCAUCACUAACAACGCGGUGCCCCCCGCAUCCUUUGCCCGCGUGGCAUACUUCGAGGCCUGGAAUGGCAACCGUCCUUGCUUGCACAUGGACGUCACCGACAUCGAUACGGCCAAGUUCACACACAUCCACUUCGCCUUUGGGGACAUUACGCCCGACUUCCAGAUCGACGUGAGCAAGGUCCAAGCUCAGUUCGACCUCAUGAAGUCCAUGACGGGCAUCAAACGCAUCAUUUCCUUUGGCGGCUGGGCUUUCUCGACCGAGGCGCCCACCUACAACAUCUUCCGCACCGGCGUCACGGCACAGAACCGCGCCGUGCUCGCCACCAACGUCUACAACUUCGUUAUGGAGCACGGCCUAGACGGCGUCGACUUUGACUGGGAAUACCCGGCGGCCCCGGAUGAUCUCGGCUCCGGCGUCCCUCCAAGCACCAUCCAGGAGGGCCUCGACUACCUCGAGUUCCUCCGGGCGGUCAAACGGAGGCUGCGGACCAAGUCCGUCUCCAUCGCCGCGCCGGCCUCGUACUGGUACCUGAUGGGGUACCCGAUCAAGGACAUUGGCGCCGUCGUGGACUACGUCAUUUACAUGACGUACGACUUGCACGGGCAGUGGGAUUACGGCAACAAGUGGUCGAGCUCGGGCUGCGUGGAAGGCAACUGCCUCCGCUCUCACGUCAACCUGACCGAGACGACCAAUGCGCUCGGCAUGAUCACUCGGGCCGGCAUCGCAGCCAACAAGGUGUUUGUCGGGGUCGCGAGCUACGGGCGGAGCUUCAAGAUGGCACAGAGAGGUUGCGUGGGGGUCAUGUGCCGCUUUCUCGGCGCCGGGCCCGAGGGCAAGACGUCGCUGGCGGCCAAGGGGUUCUGUACAGACACGGCGGGCUAUAUCGCCAACGCCGAGAUCCGCGAGAUCAUCAACAUGGCCCAGACACCCGACAGCGGCUACACGGCCUCGACGUACCACAACCACGCCUCGAACUCGGACGUCUUGGUCUACGACGACUUGGAGUGGGUGUCCUUCAUGACUGACGUCACCAAGGAGAGCCGGACCAGCUGGUACCAGAGUCUCAAUUUCGGAGGCGUGUCGGACUGGGCCGUGGAUCUGGAUCGUGACUGGGGCUCGUCCGGCAUCGGCGACAGUGUCGACGAGGACGACGAGGGCUUGUUCUGUGAUCCCGAAGUCCAUUUCGACAGUCUCCAGGCGCUAGAAGCCGCCGCCGCCACCGUCAUCCCAGGCUGCCACAUCAUCUACACCCUGGAUGUCCUCGGCGACAUGCUGGACGCAGCCGUUGCCAGGUACAACGACGUCAACAACGGGUACGACUCCAAGUUCGAUUCCUACGUCCGGUACCUGAAGAAUGCCCUGCCGUACCAGCUCGAGCGGUGGGCCCACUGGCGAGGCCCUCUCGAAGGCAACGACUUGCUAGGCAAAGGGCAGCAGUACUUUGACUGCAACUUUGAAGGAGACGGCGGCAGGAGAUGGCAAGGCCCGUGCCAUGUGCCCCAAGACGUGGUCGGCAACCGCUAUAUGGGCAUUUGGAGCUUGCAGAUGACGCUGAGAGACUCUGUUGGAUUCGACAAAGCGCUUGCCGAGCUCGGCAUCGAUAGAGAGUGGGUCGAGUUUGGCGAGCACAAGGAGGAGAUCAAGUGCACACCGACCCCGGGAGGCACCGGGGUGUGUGUGGACUUUGAGUUGACCAUCCAAGGUUACCCCAGGUUUAAGGCCGAGUGGGAGGUGCCCAAUCCCAAGGACAUGAUAAACGAGGCGAUGCCUAACAUUCCCAACCUGGAGGUCGAGCUGAUGAGUGUUGGGGCCGAAAUCAGCCUCGGUGCCUGGGAGGGAAGCAACUCGGACGUCGUCGAGGUGCUCUCCAUGCCCAUCUUGAUGAUGGCGCAAGCCAUCGAGGGCAUGGCACAGGCCAAGGAGAUUGGCGAGGACUGGCAGGCAGAGGAGAACAAGGACCUCAUCCUCACCAUCAUCACCGCGGUGCUCUUUUUCGUCCCCGCCAUCGGCCAGGUCACGGCGGCUGCGGCUAAUCUCGUGAGGCUAGCACGCGUGUUUGCCGCCGUGGGCGGCGUGAGUGGACUCGGUAUGACUAUCGUCGACAUCGUGGAGAACCCGGAGAUGGCGCCCUUGGCAAUUGCCGGCAUGAUGCUUGGCGGAAGGAUCAAGUCGCCCAAAGAAUACGGGACCGCGGCGGGCCUGAGGCGCGGCUUGGACGUUAAUGUGAAAAACGGCAUGGGCGAUGUGUUCACGAAACAUGAUCGGUCGUUGAUGGAUGGAAUUUAUUUCGCCCGGAGGCGCGAAGCCUAAAGGGCCUUGGCACGCUAACUACAUCCAAUUCCUUGACGUUCAAC